AUGAAGAGCGUGGUCACCUUUGCUUCCAGGUUCGGCUUCAUUCCCAACGUCCUUGUGGCGGGGGAGGCCCUUGUGGCGUCAGGCGCUUUGUCGUCCGGCGCAAUCGGUCACGCGCACAUCGACGCGCGCAUCACAUUCUUCCCGCCCUCGGAUGCGACGCCGGCCGCGCCGGAGUCGUUGAAGACGGCCACGGAAGCCGCGCCCGUCGUGGAAGCCGUGCCGGUGGUGGAAGCUGUGCCCGCCGUGGCUCCGGCCUCUGCUGCGCCGGUGGUCGAGCUAAUCUUCGAACCCGUCGCAUUCGAACCUUCUGCGCAGGCGCCCAUGCCGGCUGCACAGACUGCUGCUGUGCCCUAUCAGGUUGCACAGACUGGUGCUGUGCCCUAUCAGGUUGCACAGACUGCUGCUGUGCCCUACCAGGUUGCACAGACUGCUGCUGUGCCGUACCAGGUUGUGCCCUACCAGGUUGCACAGACUGCUGCUGUGCCCUACCAGGUUGGCCAACAGGCUCUGGCUUGCCCGGUGGCACAGCCAGUUACGCAAGCAGUAGCGCAGCCAGUCGCGGCCGAGGCAUUAUGCGCGCGAUUGGAGUCUCUGCUGGGCGCCGCACAGCGGGAGGAGAUUCCUGCGACUUUGCCGGAGUUCCAAUCGGCCACAUUCCGUGACCCUCAGUUGGUGAAGAUUCAGAAUUUGGUGAACGAGAAUUAUGACAAGUUGCGUCAACAUUUCGUGGAGGCAGUGGCACCUGAGAUCCAUGGACCUUGCGACCUCGCUUUCUUCAUCAAUGACGUCGUCUUCUAUGCCUGGCUCAUCGGCCGCCCUAUGACCGGUGAGGAAUACCUCCGCGCACAGCAAGCCGGUGUCGCCCAGAAAAUGGCCUGGAUCAACGCAGAGGCCGAUAAGGCCAUGCUCAACCAUGCGCCCUCCGCCACCGAUGCGGAAAAUGCCGAGUCCGAUAACGAGGACGAUACUCAGCAGGAGGACGUCGAAGGGUUCACCGUCAUCGAGGAAUUCUAA